CAGAUCUUCCUUGGCAUUCAUGGUCCCCGCGUGCCAGAUGCCAAACUCGGGUGAUUUUUAGAGCCGCUGCCUCAAAGGGUUGUUAAGAACGGCCGAGAAAGUCCAGUGCUGUACUGGGGAGAGAGCCAGCGUUGGAUGCGAGGCAAUGUUUGUAAGGAUGACACGAACGUUGAUUAGCAUGACAAGCUCAACUGAUCUAGGGCAUCCUGGCCCGCCCCGCAGUGAGCGGGCGCCGUUCCGUCGGGUUCAUCCUUCCAUGGCUCGAUUCCCAGGUAGGGCUGCAGCGGAGAUGCGAGGCACAGCUCAAAAGCCGUUUCUUUUGGGAAUGGCUCGUGGAGUGAAGAUGGGGAGCAUAUGCCAGGCCGAUGGCUGAUGGCUGAUGGCUGAUGGCCGAAGGCUUGUCCCGGGAAGACACCUACUGUAAAGACGGCGUUUACUUUGGAUUGAAUUGGACUGAACUGGAUUGAACUGGAUUGGAUUGGAUUGGACUGGAUGGGAUUGGAUGGUCGGCCGACAGGUCACGGGACCCGCACUGUGCAGAAUGAGCGUGGAGUGGGUCGGAGACUUUCGUGCACCAGAAAGCGGAAACGAGCGGGUUCUUCUUUGCCUCCUCUCCUGAGCGAGCUCAACCAGGUCAGAUCAAACGCCGAGUUUUCCGUUCAUGGAACGAAGUCCACCGAGUGAGUGCCAAGGACUGGGCCGAUGAGGAGGGGAGGGAAGGAGAGGAUAAGAGAUAUGUCCGAGUUGUCCGAGGUGUCUCCAAGAAUCCCGUUUCGUUUUCAAAGUCGACCCCGCUCUCGUCUUCAACGCUUUUAAAAUCUACCUCGGGUCGAAGGCGUCGAUGUACAGAAGUCAGAGGG